CUUCAAUUGAACUGCUUCACUUACUUGUUGAUUAUUUUGUUUCUCAAUGUCUGCCUCUCUCUCUUUUCUUUCCAGUGAAUGUGAUCCUGAAGGAGAGAAAGAGUAAAGACAGUAUUACCCUGGCAUGGCAGGGGCCCGACAGACCAAACGGAGUCAUAGUGGAAUAUGAAGUCAUCUACUAUGAGAAGAACCAAAGAGACCAGAACUAUACAGUUCUGAAGACCAAAGGGCACAUGAUGACUGUGGAGGGCCUGAAACCAGGAACCACAUACGUGUUCAGAGUGAGGGCUCGCACUGAUGGAGGAUACGGCAACUAUGGUGGAGAGAUCGAGCUGGAGACGAGUCAUGAGG